UGGUACAGAUGGAAAUUCUGGUUUAAGAGAACAGCAAAUCCAUGUGAUUUGCAGCCUUUUAAAUGGAAUGAUUACAUAAUGUCUAUAAAAUGAAUAAUUUCUCUUCUAGGACUUUGUGGAGAUUGGGAUACCAUGCCAAACUACUGAAAACUAAUCAUUUUAGAACAGCUGCAUCAAAUACAUCAUUUCCAGCAGUUUGGAUGCUAUUGGCACAACGUUCUGGCACAAUACCUGGGCUCUUUGUAGUAGUUAAAAAAAAUACUUUAUUCACAAUGCCCAAAACUGUGGAGGAUGAAACUAAUCCAGAACUGUAUUUGCCACAUCCUGGAGUGCGUGGGAUGACACUGCUCAACAGAGAGGCUUUCAAAAGGACUCUGGUUGUUCCAGCUCUUAAAGUCAAGAAAGAAAUUGUGCAUAGAGUGCUGAAGUCCCUGAAACAAUCAGUACUGCAGCGCCCCGGCCUCAAGCGGGUGCUGGAGGACCCAGAGGAUGAGGACAGCAGAUUUGUUAUCCUGGAUCCUCAUAAAGUACCGGAAUUCUCAUUAGGAGAGUCAGAGCAGCAGGUCCUGAAAGAGCUCGAUGUCCCUGCUGAGGUGUGCAAGUACCACCUGGAGCUGAGCUAUGAGAAUUUCAAGUCGGAGGAGAUCCUGCGAGCCGUCCUUCCCGAGGGCCAGGAGGUCACCUCUGGCUUCAGCCGUGUUGGCCACAUUGCUCACUUGAAUCUCAGGGAUCACCAGCUGCCCUACAGACACCUGAUUGGCCAGGUUAUAAUGGACAAGAAUCCAGGAGUCACCUGUGUAGUGAAUAAAACCAACAUUAUCGACAGCACAUACAGGAAUUUUGAAAUGGAAGUGCUUGCUGGAGAGAACAACCUGGUGACCAAGGUCAAAGAAAAUAACAUUUCCUACGAACUGGACUUCUCCAAGGUGUACUGGAACCCGCGCCUGUCCACCGAGCACAGCCGCAUUGUGGGGCUGCUCAGGGCCGGCGAUGUUCUCUUUGAUGUCUUUGCUGGCAUCGGCCCUUUCGCCAUCCCGGCGGCCAAGAGGCAGUGCCGAGUGUUUGCCAACGACCUCAACCCCGACUCCUACUCCUGGCUGCUGCACAACUGCCAGCUCAACAAAGUGCACACCAAGGUGAAGGCGUUCAACAUGGAUGGCAGGGCCUUCCUGUGGGGGCCUGUGAGGGAGGAGCUCAGCAAAGAGCUCCCGCUCCUGGGGGAAGAGCAGAAAACUGCAUUCCACAUAGUGAUGAAUCUGCCAGCUCUGGCUGUGGAGUUCCUGGAUGUUUUCAGGCAUCUCUUGGUGGGGGAGCCCUGCAGCCCUGCUGGCCUUCCCACUGUGCACUGCUACGGUUUCUCCAAACACAGCGACCCAGCCAGAGACAUUCAGGAGAGAGCAGAAGCCGUGCUGGGAACCUCCUUGGCUGGGCGCUGCUCCACUUUCCUGGUCAGGAACGUGGCACCCAACAAGGAGAUGCUGUGCCUCAGUUUCCAGAUCCCAGCAGACGUGCUCUACAAGAGGCCCUGCCCUGAUGAAGCAAAACCAGCCUCAAAACGUCUCUGUACCAGCCAAGAUUGUUCAGAAGAGAAGGUACUGAGUUGAAGACCAGAGCUAUGGUGACUACCUUAGUUUGUGUAAGGAAUAUUGGAGUGUCUCUGUUUUACCCCUUGAGUUAUAAGGAGCAGAGCUGUGUUCCCAUUGAGUUGCAGCUUUAUUUUGGGAGCCUUGCUUCCUGCAGUCACCUUUUCUUCUCAUUAUGGGAUCAAUUGAAAU